AUGGUUUUCUCAGCUUCUGAACUUCCGAAGUUCACUACGCAUCCGGCAACAUUUAUCCCAACAGUAUUUGGUGGGCAUGUGUUGGUAUAUGAAAGCCGUUCACAUCCUGGGCAUCGACGUGAAUUUGCUUUUAAAACUCGAUUCACCAACCAGUCGGGUGUUAGUUCAUGCUACUAUCGAUGUAUGUCAUGUCGUAGCAUGAAGAAUAAGGUACCACCGGGACCAGACGGGAAACCACCGCAAAUUCCGUGCAUUGCUGUGAAAAAUGGUUUCAUCGUGAAUGAUCCUGAUUUUCCGGAAGCAAACGAUCAUUUCUGUGUCCCACCGACGAUUGAGGAAUCUCGGCAGCGGGAAGCAAACGGUUUUGCGAAAGCAAUCGUUAAAGGACGUCCAAGACAAAAGGCAACGCGAAAGAAUAAUAACGGCAAUAUUGGUGGUGUCGGUAACGGCAAUUCUAAGAAGGAUUCGGUAAUGGCACAGUUGCAAGCGUAUCAGGAAAUGAGUAAUGCGUUGCUAAACGGUUCCACAGGAAAUAUUUUCGACAUUUCCGGUAUUGCUGGCGGUUUUGAUCUUAACACCGACUUUUCGACAUCUUCUGCUUCGCAGUUGUUAAGUUUGGUUACCGGUGGAGUAAAGUGUGAACUGGAUUCAUCAGGUGACAGCAAUGAUUUCCUGAGAAAUAUCAAAAUUGAAGAUGACGAUAGUGAUGCCACCGCAAAAGCUACCCAUUUGCUUGCAUCGCUAAUUAGCUCAGAACCAGCUUUGCGAACACAAAUGAUGCUACCAUCAGCCCAUCGGACAAAUAUGCCAUCAUUAUCGGUGGCAACAUCCGCUACAGCUACCAGUAGUGGUGGUACCGAAGAUGAGCAGCUGAACGGUAUCAAUGGACCCGAUACUCGUAGCAGUCCGGAAAGUAGUACAGCUAUGAUUAUUAAUUCAUUCCAAGGCUCAGAUUCUCGACCACCCUCCGUCAGUUCUUCGUCGGCAUCCGUACCUCUCUCUGGCAUCGCGGUCCCAACAGUGUUAGCUAACGGUUUAUCGACAAUUAGCCGAAAACGAAAGGGUAAUAAUGGGAAUUCGCUUGAGACUCAUUUCGAUGAAAUUUUUGAACGGUAUAUACUCAACAAUUGGGAGAUUGUUGAUAACGGCAAGAAACCUGAAAAUAUUGCCGAACAUACAUGUGCAUUAAUUCUUUCAUUGGCUCGAAAGAUUCCACAAGCAGUGACAUUGAUGAAAGAGGGCAAGUGGACGAGGACAGAGCCAUACGCGGAAGAGAUUUUUGGAAAAUCAUUAGCAAUCAUUGGCUUAGGACGUAUUGGCUUAGAAAUAGCAAUACGUAUGCAGGUUUUCGGUAUGCGGACGUUUGGAUAUGAUCCACAAGUUACACAAGAGGAAGCCGCUCGGCAUGGUAUUAGAUGGCUUCCACUGGAUCAACUUUGGCCGCAAGCCGAUUAUAUUGUCAUUCACGUGCCGCUGAUACCACGUACCAAAAAUUUAUUGUGCUCUUCAACAUUGAAUCGUUGCCGAAAAGGUGUGAAAAUAAUUAAUAUGGCCAAGGCUGGGAUCGUCAACGAAGUCGAUAUGCUGCAAGCCUUAAACAAAGGACGUGUCGGUGGUGCAGCAUUUGAUGUUUAUGUAGAGGAUGCUCCACUUGUUCGUGGAUUGAUUGAACACCCAAAUGUUAUUUGCACACCACAUAUGGGUACUAGUCCCUUGCAAGGGCAUCAACGAAUUGCGAAUGAAAUUGCUGAAAAUAUCGUUUCGCUAAAUAGUUCAACUGGUCCAUAUGGAGCGAUGAAUGCAGCAGCUGCUACAACUGCAUUGGAUGAAGCCAAAAGCCAGUGGAUCCGUGCAGUAGCAACACUGACUCAAACAUUAGCCGUGAUCGGGAAUUCACCAAAAGCGGUUACUAUACGCUUUCCUAACUCCCUUGUUAGCCUCCAAAAAGCUUUGCAUGCUGGUGCUGUUGUUGGUUUAAUGUAUGCAUCUGGAGAUAUUGGUUUAAAUCUGGCAGCUGCUGAAAUGAAUGCACGAAAGGAAGGUGUUCAGAUACGUGAAGAACCAUGUGCAGCAAAGGAAUUAAUCGUUGUUGCUGGAACGCGGAGUGUUAGUGGUUACCCGGCUCCAACGGGCACCAUAAUUUCCGCAUUCAACUCAUGCAAAGUACCAGUACCUCUUCUAGCUAACGGAACAUUUAUUAUGGAUUUCUCGGAUAUCCAGUCAUUCGAUAUCAAUGAUGAAGAUAUAAAGGCAAAAAUGAUGGUUGAAUUCGGUUUAUUGGGUGGUGGUCGAGUUGGUGUACUUAAUGAUUUAAGCAAUGAUGAUGUGUUGGAAUUGUCCAAAAAUUACUGUCUAGUUAAAUUUGACUGA